CAAGUGGCCUCACAAUCAUACACUAAGAAAAAUAUAUAGGUGUAGUAUCAUUUUUUCCUUUUGACGAUGAUUACUAACAUAAUUAUUUUUGUUAUUUUAUUAUUAUUAUCACCAUCAUUAGAAUUACCAAUAUCAUUUGUCAAACCAACUAUUCUAUAAUGGUAUUCAAACGAAAUGCUUGCUAGCUAAUUUAAACCCGUCUUUGUUUCGUAGAUUUUGUGCCUCCUCCAAGCAUUUGGAAAGAGACGCUUUUCAAGCAAGAAAUCAUGUUUGUCUCCCAGGUACUGUUACUUUGCGUGACUCUCGCAUCUUCUGAAGCGAGCGAAGCUACCACUGGUGAAUCAGAGGGACUGGGAAAGGUGAUUUAUCUUCCGAAGGUAAACUUACUGGCCGACUUUCAUGAAAGAGAGAAUCGAAUCUUCGAUCCUCUUUCAUCAGAAUGCAUUACAAAGAAAUCCUUGAGGUCGUCAAGCAGCAAGUUUGAUUAUUACAAAAGUACCAAGGAAUUGUGUAAGUCACUGGCCACCGAGUCAAGCCUUAGUGCCUCGUUUACCUCUGUAUUCACAUUGAGCGCUACUGUAUCAGUGGCAACAAAGAGCAAAAAUUAAUGCUCAGAGAAAACGGAAGUGAGUGGCGUGUCUUUGAUCAAGCAGGCGUUGACAGAUUUACGUCGAUAAAGAAUGCCUCGCGAGUGCCAAAAAAUCCACCCUGAAAAAAGAAUUCAUGGAAUAUUUAGAAUUGCCAUUAAAGAUUGAGAAUCCUUGGCUUCACAAUUCUUGGAAAGCCUAUCGUACUUUCCUAGAUAAAUACGGCUCUCACGUUAUAACAUCUGUGAAGCGCGGAUCAAAGUUCCAGCGAAUGGUAUUUGCGGAGAGCUCUGAAUCUUAUAGCGAGAGAGAUUUCCAAGUGAAAGCCUGUCUCUCGGCUGCAGGUCCCACGUCUGUUGGAAAGCUUGGUGUUGAUCCUUGCGUUAGCGUGACAAGUUGUGAACUAUCUAAGGCAAGCAAGAUGAGUGUUAGCGAGACACGAUUCGUUAGGGGAGGAAAGCGGGAAACGAAUAGCGAGCUGGCAAAUGGAGAGACGUCGGCUGAACUAAUUGAGAAACUUAUGAAUGAAGCUGAACAGUCACCUUCGCCUGUCCAGCAUACCUUCAUCGCGAUCUGGAGCAUAUUACAAAGCCGCUUCAAACCAGGAUCUCCGAAUUACGUCCGAGAUACAAACCUCGAGUACUACUGCGGUGGAUACUUGAAUUAUGAUUGUCACUACAACAAAAUCCAUUCUGUCAAAGUUCAAAAAUUCGACUACACCAGAGGAUCAAAGGAAGAAUAUCCAGAAUUCGAAUGUUCUCUCGCAAAGGAAGGUUGCCGUAGUGACGAAGAUUGUCAUCGUGCAGGACUGUCAUCGUGCACAUGCGGAGGCGAUACGUGCGUUCGCCACAAGUCGGAGAAACAAAUCACAGGUAGUUCCAAGGAAACUGCAUAUAUGAACAAGGAAAGAUGGGAUGGGCAUGGAUGCGAUUGGAAAGUCUGGGGGUCAAGUGAGUGGUUGCCACAAUAAAGAUCGCGAUGAAAGGCAAGUUGUAUGGUCCUUAGCGACCACUUUUCAAGGAUGCUGGUAAACAUAAAGCAUCUGGCAAAGGAACCUACCACGGGGCAAAGGAUCCAAUUACAGGUCAAGCGGAAGGAACGGCAACACCUUACACGGCUGAAGAUGCUGUGAAGCACCCAAAACCCAGCAGAGCCAAUCACAAAACGGCAAAAUAUCCCAUUAACACUCAGUUGAAGGAAAAGAAAGAAGAAAUUUGAACUUUCUCUUAUGUAAUAAUCGCUGUAUAAUCACUGAAAUGGCGAGCGCCUAAUCAAGUUAAAAGAAAAACUGGACUUACACAACAGUUAGCCAUUCGAUCAGGAAUAGACAGCUAAACAUUUUGCGAUCAGUCAAGUGGAAUGUUGAAAUACAAAUCCAGUUAAAAUGUUAAAAUAAAAGACAGUGCAUCCACAUAGAGAAAAAAUUUUCAAAAGAAAGAACUGUAGCUGACACAAUUUCUGGGGCAACUUCAAUUUCUGUUGAACACUGAAUAAACCUACUGUUUCGUUCAGCGACCCCGGAGUCGUAAAGGCACGACAUAAAGAAUAGGUCACAAUCACCUCAAGGGGAAAAAAAAAUAAUGAAAAAAAAAUGCUGUUCAAGAGACGCUGUUCAGGCCGGGCAUAUAUCACAUCUUGGCAAGGCCGAUACAAUGCUCAUGGAAGACACGACCCCUUCAGUUCCACUAAAGUUGUUAGGCGGAUAUAAACAGUGAGGCGAAAUAGAAAACUGACAACUAACAAGCAAGGGUUUAGAGAGAGAGAAAGAUUGUAUCAGCUAAAGCCAGUGAGACUUGCGCGUUCUAUAUCGAUAGCGGACAGUUUUUUUUCUUAAUUUCCUCGAUUCUUAAAGUCUCCCGACUGUAUCGAUCAUGGUAUCUUAUUGGCUUGAAAAAAUCUUUAGAGAAUUCAACGAGUAGUUCUCCGCAUCGAUGUAUUGACAUUGACUGUCUGAUGUCCGCUAACGGGCAGACCACUUAGGCGGUUCGAGGCUACGUGAUGUCUAUUAUCAUCUGUUACAGUUAUUAAUCUCCGGCUAAUAAUCGACAAGAGCCGAUAUUAGCUUGGUUGAUUUUAUCCAACAAUUGUCCCAGAAUUAGUAUGAUUAGCGACCUUUCAUCUCCAGAAUUUGUUCUACUGAUCAAUUCAAGUCCCCUCACCGUCCACUUCCUGUGUUCUGUCCAUUUAUUUUGUGGAGUUGGUUUCACCUUCUUCACUGACACCAUUCCAAUUGUCGAUUCUUCCUAAUUACUCUUGUCACCUUUGACUUUGUGGAGCAAUUACCAGAGCUUCUUGGCCAUCAUU